CAGGGAGCUCUACAGCCAUGCAGGCGACUCUUCUCCCUGCCUUUCCCCCGCGGAGCUGGCAGCAGGGGGGUGAGGGCCCCCAGGGGGCAGCAGGAAAGGGGGCAAUGGGAGGCAACUCCCCACCCCCCACUGUCAGGGACUCGGUGUCAACUUUCCGAUCCACCUUAAAGCAUCUCCCCGCGUGGCUGUGAUUCCUGGGUGGGGUGUUGCCCGGGGAGCGGAGGGGGCUGGCGCGCGGCCCCGCCUUGCAGGGUUGUACCUGCCCAGCUGCGUCAACUUUGUCCCAGUCCCAGCUGGGUCGGGACGGCGCGCGUGGCGUGGGGCAGCCGGGACCGGCCGCGGAAGGGGGUAGGCUCGCGCCACGGCUUGCAGCAGCGUUGGGGCUUUUCCCCCCUUCCCGUCGCGGGGCAGGCCGGGCUCGGUGGGUUUCCCUUGGGAGUCUGGGCUUCCUCCCCGCCGCCCCAUUGCGUGCCAGGAAGAGCAGCGAGAACUUUCCCCUGGGGGCGGCUUGUGUCCCAGGCUCGUCAUGCUGCGGACGGGAGGCGUUUAUGCCGGGAAAAAGAGGAAAAAGCCGGUGCAGAAAAGCCCGAAGCCACCACCUCCCGAGGGCGUACUGUCAAACCCCUCCAAGCGGCACCGGGACCGCCUCAAUCAGGAGCUGAACAAACUGACGAGCUUGCUGCCCUUCCCUGAGGAUGUCCAGGCCAGGCUUGAUAAGCUUUCCGUCCUCCGGCUGAUUGUAGGAUACCUGAAAGUGAAGAGCUACCUCAUGGCCACUGUGCCAAACCACGGCGGCCACGUAGCAGAUCAGCCUGGGACGCUUGGAGGGAACGGACAGAUGAAUCUGCAGAUCAACGGGGAAACGUUCUCCGAAGGGGACAUGCUGCUCCAGGCACUAAAUGGAUUUGUCAUUGCAGUCACAGUAGAGGGUUAUGUUUUCUACGUCUCACCUACAGUUCAGGACCACCUGGGAUUUCAUCAGUCAGACAUCAUCUACCAGAGUGUGUUUGAGCUGAUCCACACGGACGAUCGAGCCAUGUUCCAGUGCCAGCUGCAUUGGUCCCUAAACCUGCCUCCAUACAAGGAACCGGAGCGAGGCACAGCCGCCAUGCCUCAUGUAGACAGCAGCACCACCACCAUGGAUGACCCCCAGCACCUGCCACCUGAGAAUUCCUCCUUCUUAGAAAGAAGCUUCAUCUGUCGCUUCCGUUGCUUGUUGGACAACUCCUCGGGAUUCCUGGCCUUGAAUUUCCACGGCCGUUUGAAAUUCCUCCAUGGGCAGCAAAAGAGAACAGAAGAUGGGACCCUCAGGCCUCCCCAGCUGGCUCUGUUUGCCAUCGCAACUCCGCUCCAACCACUUUCUAUCCUGGAGCUUCGAACCAAGACCUUCAUCUUCCAAACAAAACACAAGCUGGACUUUACCCCCGUGGCCUGUGAUUCAAGAGGUAAAGUUGUGCUGGGAUACACAGAAACUGAGCUCUGCAUGAGAGGCUCCGGGUACCAGUUUGUCCAUGCCGCAGACAUGAUGCACUGUGCAGAGAAUCAUGUGAAAAUUAUGAAAACCGGAGAGAGCGGAAUCACCGUUUUCAGGCUACUGACGAAGAAAGCAGGCUGGCUCUGGGUCCAAGCAAAUGCGAGACUGGUGUAUAAAGGAGGCCAACCGGACUGCAUCAUUUCCAGGCAGCGGGCCCUGUCGAAUGAAGAAGGAGAGGAGCAUUUGUGCAAGCGGAGCCUGCAGCUACCUUUUCACUUUGCCACGGGUGAAGCAGUCCUGUAUGAAAACAGUCCGCCUGGGUUCCUGGACUACUUGCACACCAAGAAGGUUUCAAAGGCAAAGAGAGAGACCCCCCUGGAGCAGGGCUCAAUAGAUCCCAACUCGCUCCUAGGGGCCAUGAUGAACCAAGACGAAUCCAUAUACGUCUCCCACGCCGAUAAUGUGCCACAGUUCUCCCUGGCGGAUAUUGUCGACAUACCGGAAGAGCCAUGGCUUGAUGAUGGAAAUAAGAGAGCUGUCAAAGAGAAUGACUCACUCCUAGUCGUCAUUGAAACACCCUUUGAAAAGAGCAAUGUGGAUGGGGACAUCUCUAAGACUCUGCAGAGCCAGGAAAUGGAUGAUGUGCAAUUAAAGCAAUGGGAGGAGAUCUUGUGCAACAUGGACACCAAGAAGCCAGCGGCCCCGGGUUUCCAGGAGAGGCUGAAUGACAAGGUGACCUCCUGUGUGGAGGAGAUAUUGUUUAAAAAAGAUAAUGGAAAGAAUCUGGGGUUCCCACGGUAUGAUGUGACGGCUUCAUCUCAGGCCCUUAUUCAACAAAUUCCUCUGGAACAAAUUCCACAAAGCACUGAGCUAAACAGACUUCAAAACCAGCUUGUCAAUAAUAGGAAAUGCAAUCAGCAAAGCAAUCCUCUGGUGAAUUGUCACCAUUUCUGGGGGGCUAAUUCAGCAGCCGCUACACCAUGUGGAUUCCAAAAUCCAAUGUAUACUUCACAGCAAAAUUCACUAGACCAUGAUCCUCAGGGUCCUUUAGUCACCAAUAUGUCCCAGGAUAUCACUUCUAAACCAGAAAAGCAAGCACGUUUUGAUCAAGCAAAUUUGCUAAGUGGGAAUAUACUAAAUUCCUUCAAUAACCAGCGAACUACGGGAAUUAAUCUAACAAAUCCUGCACAGGUAUUUCAGCCAAAGGCUCCUGCUCCAGUUUCCUGGGGGAAUGUUAUUCCUAAAAAUCAGAUACAUCGGAGCUCAACUCUGCUUGACUCAAAUCAUCCAGCUCCAUUAAAAAUGAAUUCGCAAGAGAGUCAGUGGCCAGACCCAUUGGUUUCAAUGAAUCCAGUCAUCACUUUCAAUCAGAAUAAUUCUCCAAGAGGUCGCUCGUUAGAUGUUUGGAAAUCUGCCACUCCAAAUCAGCUGGGAAUCAAACCAAUGGAGAUAGAGUCACCAACUCUACUGGCAAAUAACCAACUGAAUCUUUAUGGAUCACAAGUAACAAAUCCAUGGAUUUCCUCAUCACAGCCUGCUCAUAACAAUGAUCAGGGCAUGCAAGAAUUCAGCAUAAUGCAGGUAUCUCCAGUGCAAGCUCUACAGAAUGAAAUAUCUGGUUCUCUUGAGCAAAAAUCUAGUCCAUUAGAAGCUGGCCACCUGUCUGGAAGCCAUUCCUUUCCCCAACAUACCUCUUCACAUGGACCUCACUUAGUGCCACAUUUUUACAAUAAAGAGCAGCAGCAGAUGCUUCAGAACAAACAGUUGUCAACACAGCAACAGCAGCUGAUGCAAGCAAGGAUGUAUCCUCAAGCUCAUUGCAGGCCAACUCAAAUUCAACACAAUGGAUUUCCACUGGCCAGCUCCUUGGAGCCAAGUAGCUGGUGUCACGUUCGCUCCCGGGUGGAAAACCAGCAAAUGGACAAUAUUCUUGAAAGCUCAUUGAAGUCCUCAUCAUGUAGUAUGUUAUCUAGUGAUGUCGUGUUAGCUUCAUGGGAAUAUGAAAACAGUGGCUUAUCCUUUGAAAAUGAUGUUGCGUUUCCUAAAGCCGCUCAUGUGACAUCUCUUCCCCAGCAACAAAAUACCAUGCCCUGUCAUGGUGAGAGCAAUCCAAAAAUGUGUAACUUCCAAAGACCUAAGGAACCCAUUCUGGGUUCCUCAGUGACUCCUCCCAUGGAAGCUGGGUUGAGGGGACCUUUCUACCAGUUGGAACCAAAUUUUCCUCCCGUGUCAUUAACAGAUAGGCAGAUGAAGAGUCAGCAACAGCUCUUCACUUACAAUAUUCAGCUCAAGCAGUGUCACCAAAACGAAGAGAAUGCCUCCAUGGAAUUUACUCCUACAAUUACUAAAGACAGUGUGUGUUUCCCCAAGUACUGAGAGGGAAUGUAGCAAUAGAGAAGGAAAAGACCCUGCUCCCAGCUAUGGACUGAUUUCAUGGCCUUGGAUCGGCAAGCCUUUUUUUCCCCUACUGAUGUGUGAAUAUUUCGAUAUUAUUAUAAUUGUUGCUGCUGGUGGCUUUUUCUAAGUGAACACACACACAUUCCUGAGACACUCUACUGUGGAUUCCACAGAGACGAACUUGAACACAUGCAUUUUCUACUGAAGAAACUAUGCCCCUCUCAACCAGUUGUCUUCUGCUCGAUCUUCUGAGCAGAGCCAAGGAGAAUUAAGCACCAAUAACUGGAUUAGGCACUAAAGUAACUGAGCCAUCAUAAGCUUUAAAAAACUGGGAACAAGUAUUUGGAGUUUCCCAUGAGUUUUCCAGGUCAGGUAAUUAACAAGACAAAGGACACAGAUGUAAGAAAAAUGUCUGAGAUGUUGCAAUAGAAAUUCUAUAAGGCUGCUGUCCGAUCUCCUGCUUGAACACUAAGGCCCAGAGUUCUAAUUCAAGGGGGCGAAGAUAUGGUUGCAGUCUUUGCAAACAUUAUUUGCGCAUGUGCUCUUGUCCAUUGGGAAGUUGUGCGUGAUAUGAUCUGGAUAUGGAAUGGGGGCACUUCUAAAUCCAAGCAGCAUCUACCUCUCGAGUGACUGUACAUGACCAAAUGACUGAAAUCAACCCAAGGGUAUCCGUGCUAACAAAGAUGCCUGUAUGCCUUGUACUGACUUAUUUUACUUUUCAGGGGUUCUCAAACUUCACUGCACCAUGACCCUCUUCUGACAACAAAAAUUACUAUAGAUCCCCAGGAAUGGGGACCAAAGCCUGAGGCCACCCGAGCCCCACUGCCCUGGGU